AUGAGCUCUAACAAGACAACUCAAAUGGCGUUUCCCCGCAAUUCUCUUCGUGCUUUUUUGCAGCAUGCCAAGACGAACCUCGUCAAAGCAGUUCACGAGGAGCACAACAUAAACAUUGUGAUUGGGAAUGAGUCUGCAGACCUCGAUUCCCUUACAUCCUCUCUUCUCUACGCGUACAUCAAAUCCAUUGCCCCUCCACGAAACAAUUUCUCGCCCAUCUACGUCCCUCUAUUGAACAUACCUGCUUCGGGUCUCCGCCUCCGCCCCGAGUUCUCUGCCGUCUGUGCACACGCAAACAUCGCAAUUGAUCGUCUGAUUACUUUAGACGAUCUACCAAGUCAGUCAAGGCUACUGAAGAGUGUGCGGUGGAUAUUAGUGGACCACAACAAAUUACAAGGGGAUCUAGGCGAUCAAUACUCUUCAGAAGUGCUAGGAGUGAUAGACCACCAUGAGGAAGAGAACGCAGUGCCUCAAAACACGGACUCCGAACCGCGUGUGAUCGAGAAGUGCGGCUCUUGCACCAGCCUUGUCGUCCGCGAAUGCAAGUCUGCGUGGGACAGCAUAUCGAGCUCCUCACUGUCAACCGGUGCCGCUCAUGGACAAGGAGAAGUUGCAGUAGAUGACAGUGCAGUGACCCAAGUUUGGGACGCACAAGUCGCUAAAAUGGCACUUGCUAGCAUACUGGUGGAUACGGCCAAUUUGACAGCGCCUGGAAAAGUGGAGCAUGUGGAUCGGGACUCGGUGGACUACCUUGAAGCAAAGAUCCAAUUGUCGCCUAAAGACGCAAAAAGUUGGAAUCGGGACCGUUACUACAAGGACAUUGAUGAAGCUAAGAGGGACAUUAGCAGCCUUAGCCUCACCGAGGUCUUGAUCAAAGAUUACAAAGGGUGGACAGAGAGUGGUACAAAACUGGGCAUCAGCUCCGUAGUGAAGCCCUUGGAAUUCUUGGUUCAGAAGGCAGGUGAAGAGAAUAAAUCAUCGUUCGAGGACCAGCUGCAACACUUCAUGGACGAGCGAGACCUAUCGAUGUUUGCGAUUAUGACAACAUCCACAUCUUCAGAGGGUGAAUUUCAGAGAGAGCUGCUUCUUCAAGCUCGUUCAUCUUCCUCUUCUUCCGCGAUCAAGUUCGCAGAGCAAGGAGCGUCUGACUUCCAGCUAGAGAUCCUCAAUAUCAAAGGUGUUUCGAUACAGGACAAGCCAGGACAGCACUGGAAAAAGUAUGGUUACAGAAAGACGUGA